ACAAACAAUAAAAAUCCCAAAUGAGUUAAGGAGCAUUCGGGUGCUCAUUCAUUACUCACGAGAUUGCUGUAUGCUUGAAUGAUAGACAGGGGAUUUAUUCUGUUACACAGAACUGUACUGGCAAUGGCGUCACAGGCGCUAAACAUGGGGGGAUUCUCAGAAAACAAAUUCUGAGAAGUCAGAUGAGAUGAACAAGCCAAACCCCGCAUUUUUCCGCUUCUUGUUGAGUUGUGGGCCAUGAGCUAUACAGAAACGCAGCUCAUUUUCGAGAACCGUGUCCACCUCCGCGUUAUCGUCUCGUGUAGUUUGUUAAAAACAUUCUUCACGCCGCGCGCACUUACAUGACAGACAGCGGCAGACUCAUCAUGACAUUAAUUAACAACCUUCGUAUGGUAGAGAAACAUAACUGAGCUGUUUUUUUGUCAUCAUUACAGGAACGCGAGAUUAUAUUUUAAAGCUUGAGUAAAACCUCAGGAACAAAGAAACUUUCAAGAUUCCGUCAGCCAUCAAACCGUUCAUCUUCACAAUGAUUCUGUGCGUUCAAGGCCCAAAAGCUCAUUUGCCUGAUACCUCCGAUCUGAUGGUCAGAUUUCCAAACUUCGCUUCUCCUCAUUGUAUCCAUGCUACAGUUACUUUAUGGAAACCUAGUAAUGAUUUUAGAGCCAUCACCAACAAUUUCUCCUAUUUGGAUACUGCAGGUUGGUACUGGGGUGCCAUCACUGCCAGCGAGGCCCACUCUGCCCUUCAGGGGGCAUCGGAGGGUACUUUCCUGGUACGGGACAGCAGCCACCCUCUCUAUAUGUUGACACUGUCUGUUAAAACAUGCCGUGGGCCCACAAAUGUUCGCAUUGAGUACAGUCUCGGACGUUACCGUCUAGACUCUAGUUCCCCAUCCAGAUCUAGCCUGCAGUCCUUUUCUGACGUACCCAGCCUUGUACAGCACUAUGUGGGCUCCAGGACCGAGCAGGGAAAAAAGAACGAGGAGUCUGAUCCUGUAUCUUCAUUAACACAAAAGGAAUGUGCCAUGUUGCUUAAACUCAAAAAACCGAUCCAUCGUCCUCAGGCGUUUCCUUCGUUGCAACAUCUUACACGCUUGGUCAUCAACAGACACACUUCAUGUACUGAGGGCCUGCCUCUACCAAAACCAUUACUUCAGUACCUACAGGAUUACCCAUUCCAUCUCUGAUAUUGCCAAGGAAAUGCACACCAUGGCCAAUCACUCGAGAUGGAUAUUAUCAUUCUAUUUAUGGAGGCAAAUGGGGUCUAGAAGCUUAAGUAAGAAUGUUUGGCCAAAAAGAGGUUUGGAUCAAAAGCAAUGUUAUCCAUUUGAAGAGUUGAUCCUUUUAAUGGUCAGUAAGUCUAUCUAGGUAUCUAUACAGGUACUUUGUUUAUACCCAAGGGGGAUUGAGCCAAGACAUAUCCAAAUAUUGACUCAUGGAGAGGCAAGCCAUGAAUCAACUUUGAUGUCAUGCUGCUAAUGCUGUGAGAGCUUAGACCACAGGCUUGGGGUUUAUGAUGAAUUUAAUGUUCAUGAAACUUUGCUGAGGGUCAAAUAACCCCUUGAGUAACUGUUCUAAAUGAGAACACAGCUUGUCGGAAACGGUGAGCACACGAGAAGCACAUAGCUUGGUCUUUAGCACUCUAGAGGCAAGCUUCACUGCACUGCCUUUACUGGAACUGUUUUUCCUUGAAAGAGAAAUGCAAUUAAACAUUUUUGACUAUUUUAAUCAUUAAGAUUUACAUAUUUUUUUCUAUUCCCACAAUGUGGAGUUUAUAUGUAUUUAUGGAUAAAAAUCCUUUCAUUUUAUAAUAAAAUUGACAAUCA